UUAGUCACUGUUUUUAACUUAGGAACAGUUGAUAUGCCUCUUAACACUCGUUGUAGACACUCAGAGCCUCUAGUAAUCGGGAACCGUACCCUUUUUCAAGAGAAAAAACUUGGUGAAGGUGCCUUUGGAGAAGUUUUUGAGGUAAGAGAGCAAACAUCUGGCAAUCUCUUCGCUCUAAAGAAAAUUGGUGUAUCGUUUCUAGACAAUGCAUAUCUUGGAGAAAUUGAGACGCUAUCAAAGUGUACAAAGCACCAACAUAUUGUUACCUUGUAUGAUGUCGGCUUCAAAUCGAAAUUCUUUGGCCUCUUCACUUCAAAUGUCCUUAUCCUCAUGGAGUACUGCUCUGGUGGAAACCUCAAUAGACGAUUAGCGAGGUCAGACAUCACCGAAGAUCUUAAACUACGAUGGAUGAGCGAGCUGGCAGACGCCAUACGUUUCCUUCACUCACAAGACAUCGUCCAUCGUGAUUUAAAACCAGAAAAUGUCCUUCUAACGUCGACGGAUUCGAUCAAGUUGGGAGACUUUGGCCUCGCAAGAGUUUAYACUGCUUUAAGGCAAGAUGGCGUUGCUUCAGACCAGGCUUAUGUGUCCUACAUGACAAAUUUGUACAUGGAUCAAACUGUGCAAAAUACGGCUUUGGUCAAGCACUCCAGUCGAAUCCAAACAUAAACCUUCCUUUGAGCAACAUCCGUCAGGAGUCAAGAAAAGAGCUGAUUCAAUCUAUGCUCAGUUGCGAUCCACACAAACGUCCCAGUGGAAAAG